CGCGUCCGCCGCUCUGCGCCGCUGGUGUCGAGCCUAGCUAGGGGAGAGAAACCGUGGGAGACGGGCAGGAAUCGUCUCUUUAAAACGACUCCGAGCUCGAACAACAUCUGGAAGCGCGGAGGAAAGAAAGCCAACAGGUACCAGCAGCAGCGCCUCUUCUCUCCCCUGGCUCUGCACCGCCCGCUCCGCCACCUCUUCAUGCCGCCCAGUGCCUCCUGAACCCGGACACCAGCAACCACCAACGUCCACCCCGGCAUCGAACCGCUGCUCCACCCCGCACCGCCAUGGCCUCCAUCACGCAGUCGUCGGAGCCCGACAUCCCAGACAACCACAGAGAGAGCUGGCUGGCGCUGCUGUCCGCCGCCGAGGCGUACGGCCAGAAGUCGGGCUGCGACCUGGCCAUCCUCACCGCCUGCAGGAAGUUCGGACGUCGGGCGGCGGCGAGAAGCGGGGAGGGCGGCGGCGGCUUCCCCAGGGAGUGCGACUUCUCCUACAGCGUGUGGGGUCAGGGCUUCCUGGCCGAGUCGGCGCGCCGCUACGUGGAGGACAUCGGCGUGCUGCACUCCACCACCAUGCUGACGGCCCAGAGGCACUCGCGCCAGGCCGAGGGCGGGGCCAAGCUGGCGGUGGACCUGACCUCUGACCCCGGGCACAGGGGGGGCUUCGCGGGCGACGGCGGCGGCGUGGGCAGAGUCAGCCCCGACGGCAGGCUGUACUCGCAGAGCUACCCGUCCAUCUACAGCGCGGGCGCCGCCGCCGGGCCCGGCGCCGCCGAGCGGGAGCGGGAGAAGGGCGCGCUGGAGGCCGAGAGGGGGCGGCAGCGGGCCGGCAUCGUGGACCUGGAGGAGGAGUGCGAGGACGAGGAGGAGGAGGAGGAGGAGGAGGACAUGGACGAACGGAGGCCGUACGGGAACGAGAGCGCCGGUGUCUUCUCCAUGGACGAGGACUCCAUUUCCCGGGACUGCGAGCCGUUCUUCGAGUCGGACGGCGAGGAGGAGAGCACCGACGGCUCGCUGAGCGAGGACGCGCCGCCGCCGCCCCGCGGCAUGGCGGUGGGCCAGGCGGCGCUCUCGGCCCGCCACGCCCACCCCAUGGCCCUGGCUCGCUCGCUGCCCGUCUCGGUGCCCGUCUGGGGCUGCAAGGGCGGCCGGGGCGCUCAGGGGGACAGCAACAGCGGAGAGCGGGUGGGCUGCGCCGACCUGGAGCACAUCGCGGCCAGCAUGAAGGCGCUGCUCGCCCCGGGCGCCACCGACGGGACGGAGAUGUUCGGGGCGCUGCCCCGGCCUCGCCUCAACACGGGAGACUUCUCCCUGAAGCACUGAAAGACGGACGGACGGACGGAGGACAGAGGAGCCUGGACGCUUUGGCAGACACACAGGAAGAAAAAACAAAACACACACACGGCGGCGGCGCUAAUUGUCACUAACCAAACUUAACGGCAGGAGUGAAGGAAAACGUUGGAAUGAACACUAAUAACUCAACACUACCCCCCUACACACACACAUACACACACACACACACACACACACACACACACACACACACACAAAAUACACUACUGCAGAGGGUGUGUGUGUGUAGGUGCAUGCAUCCACUCACCCACACACUGUGUGUGAAUGCAUGCACCUGCACACACACACACACAUCUGAUCUGUGUGUGUGUGUGUGUGUGUGUGUGUGUGUGUGUGAACUGAGCUGCUGCACUGAGCAACGAAGACACUAACAGGGUGGAGUUUUCUGGGAUCUUUGUUGGGAACCGGCGCCCGUUUCGGAUUGGUCGGAAUCCCCUCGAUGCCUCGUUCAUGUCUUUAACGUUCGGUUCACGCAUCCGGCGGCUUCGCGCUGCGUUCAGGCACAGUCAGGAAAAGACACCGCCGUGUUUGACGUGGAAACUUUAACCUUUUCAUUGCCGAAACACAAGCUCUGUGUUUGGAUCUUGUUCAAAGGAACGGAGGAUUGGAGAUAUUUACAAAAUCCAUUUUACGUUUUAGAAUAAAAUUGGAAACUUAUUCUUUAGAAUUUGACUUUAUACAUUGAUUUUUUUUUUUUCCUUUUUUUUUUGGUCCUCGGAUACAAAUAGCUGCUUUGGGGAGUAAAGUGUCAAGAUGUUUUCAUUCAGUUGUUUAGAUUACCUUUUUUCACAGAUUUUAGUCAAAACAUUUCACAAUUUACGUCCUCCGUUUCCCCGUUCCUUUCUUGAACAGGACCCUGAAUUGAAGAAUUUUCCUCAGCAGUUACAUGAAUGUUGAGAUUCUACUCAAUCUAAAACUGUAAACUACUCUGCGAUGCAGAAUCUCUUUAAACGUGUCGAA